AUGGGUGAUGCGAGAGAUAAACCAUGUUAUCCGUGUCAUGAGGAAAAUAUAUUUACGAAUGCGGAUGGAUUUUGCCGAGAAUGUAAGGAAUUAAUGUGUCAAACGUGCUUCCAACAUCACUUAAAGGCAAAGUAUUGUAGAAAACAUGUAUUAGUAGAAGUAACGGACGUUGAACGUGUACUCACAAGUACGAUUGAUUUAGGCAAAUGUGAAAAACACGAAAACGAAUCAAUCCGGUUUUACUGUCGGAAGCAUGAUGAAACAGGCUGUGGUGAUUGCAUGCUAUUUGAUGGACAUAAUACUUGUCAGUCCGAAUAUAUAAAUGAUGCAACAGUGAACUUCGGUAAAACAGAAGAAUUUCAAAAUUUGAUUGAAAAACUUGAAACUCUAAAAUCGUCCAUGACAAAACAUAUGAAAAAGAAUACAUGGUGUAAUAAUGAAAUAAACGAUAAACUAGUAGGUGAUGUCAAUGCGAUUCGAAAACGCGCAGAUUCUUACCUAGACAAAGCACAAGCGGACAGUUUAUCGUUUGCAAGAAAGAUACGAUCAGAAAAUGAUAUUUCAGUUGAAAACUUAAAACAGAUAUAUACAGAAAUCGAAGAAUACAAGCAAACUUUAGGCACGCUGCAAGAAGUUGAUCAGACAUUAUUUAUGUUCUCACGUUUUGUCAAAAACGAGUUAAAACGUGUUGAAAAGACCAUAACGGAAGCAAAAGGUUCUAACAAGAUUUGCUUCUACGAAUUCAUACCAGAUCAACAAUUAAGUGAGCUUAUUUUUGCAUCAAGAGGUCUUGGAAGUUUUCAUAAAAUUUCUCGUAAAGACUUUAUGAUAUCAAAAAGUAGACCAGUCCACGUUGUAGGUAGAGAAGGUAAGGACAAAAAUGAGAGCAACAAACAUUUACCUGUAAUUGAACGUAAAGAAAACUUCGUUGUAGAUAGAGGCAAUGAGUACAAAGAUGAAAGCAACACAGAUUUAACUGCAGCUGAACAAAAAGAAAAUUGCGUUGGAGAUAGAGACGGUUACGACAAAGAUGAGGGCAACAAAGAUUUAACUGCAGCUGAACAAAAAGAAAACUGCGAUGGAUAUGGAGACGAUAACGACAAAGAUGAGGGCAACAAAGAUUUAACUGCAGCUGAACAAAAAGAAAACUGCGAUGGAGAAAGAGACGGUAACGACAAAGAUGAGGGCAACAAAGAUUUAACUGCAGCUGAACAUACAGAAAACUGUGAUGGAGAUAGAGACGGUAACGACAAAGAUGAAGGCAACAAAGAUUUAACUGCAGCUGAACGAAAAGAAAACUACGAUGGAGAUAGAGACGGUAACGACAAAGAUGAGGGCAACACAGAUUAA